AUGAGUGACAACAAAGCAGCCAAGAGUCCUGAUUCAAUUAAGAUUCAGAGUCCAGACGAUGAAUAUAAAAAGAAACUAGACAGAAUUAAAUCAAAAAUAUGCUAUUACAAAAAGAAGUCGCAAUGCGGUGGGGUUGAUGCCCAUAAAACUAAAGUAAUUGAAAACGAUAAAGAGAAGAAGGAAAUAAUUGAAAAGUUAGAAACUUACCGUUCAAUCCUUAAACUGGGUGAAGCAAAAAUAAAAGAAUUUAAUAGAAUAAAUAAAUUGAUUGGAAGAGAUGAAUUUAAUAAAGAUGAAUUUUUAAACUCAAUCCAAAUUUAA